AUGCGUCCCACAUGGUACCCGCCGAUGAAGCACACCGCGUCGACCAGGGACCGCCGUGGAGGGAAGAUCAAGUGGCACGGCAAGGGAUUUAGGGAGGACGGGGAGCUGUACAUCCAACUCAAGCGGUCCUACUGUAUUGGACCCUUCUCGCGGACCCACUCAGUGAACGAGAACUGCACGAUGGCCGAGUUCUGGGAGGAGCUGGAGUGGGACGUCAAAUCCGAAGAGGGGUUCCCGCUUCCCGAAGGACUUUCCCUGACAUUCGAGGCAUUUAGGGGGAAGCCGCUCAAUGACAGCCAGGAUCAAGUGAAGGUGCACUUUGACGGAGGGGAGACGGUCCAUGCCAAGGUGUUCGAUGAGGAUGGGAGCCAGUGGGUCCUCAAUGUCGGCUACCAUCACCCCAUCUACAUCGCGGCUACGCUGCCGAAGCUGGCCGAACUUGAUCUGAAUAUGGGCCAGGCGCCGGGCUGGACGUAA